CUUCUCUUACUCUCCGAACGAAUGAAUGAACGUGGGACGGGAGCAGAUUUCUCCUUCCGCCUUGAUUCUGUCAGGGUGAAUUUGCCGGUUGGCUGACCAAGCUUAGUUCCUACCCCGGCAGCUUCUCCGGUAGAGAUUGCGGUGGGUGGGAGAGGAAAGCUUUGCAAGAAGAGCUGGGACGGAGGAAGAGGCUGCCGCUGCGAAGCCCGCCAGCCAGCCAGCCCAGCCGGAAGUGAUGUCCACCUACAAGCGGGCCACCCUGGACGAAGAGGAGCUGGUGGACUCUCUGGAAGGAGAGAUCUACCCCAAUGGGGUCCAGGUGAACUUCCGCGGGCCAGGGGGCAGAAAGGGCUGCUGGGCGCAGCGCACGCGGCCGGAGAAGCGCCUCCUGAUCUUGACGGUUAUCCUGUUCUUGGGUCUGUUGGCGUGCCUGGCCGUCCUGCUCUUCCAGUACCAGACGCAGCCCUGCCUGACCCAGGCCUGCAUCUCGGUGACCAGCUCCAUCCUGAGCUCGCUGGAUCAAGGUGUGGACCCCUGCGAGGACUUCUUCAGCUAUGCUUGCGGCGGAUGGAUCAAGAGCAACCCCAUCCCGGAUGGCCACUCCCGCUGGGGGACCUUCAACAAACUUUGGGAACACAACCUGGCAGCCCUCAAGAGCCUCCUGGAGAACACUACGGCCACCUCGUCGUUGAGCGAGGCCGAACGCAAAGUGCAGCGUUAUUACCAGUCCUGCAUGAACGAGAGCCGAAUAGAGGAGCUGCAGGCCAGGCCGCUGAUGGAUCAGAUCCAGAAGCUUGGAGGCUGGAAUAUCAGCGCCCCCUUGGGAGAGGACAGCUUCAAUGAGAUGCUGCUGGCUCUGGUGGCCCAGUACCAACUGACUCCCUUCUUCUCCAUCUCUGUCAGCGUCGACUCCAAGAAUUCCAGCAGCAACAUCAUCCAGAUUGACCAGUCGGGGCUGGGGCUGCCAUCCAGGGAGUACUACCUCAACAAAACCCAGAAUGAGAAAGUGCUGGCAGCGUACCUGAACUUCAUGGUCCAGCUUGGCAUGCUGGUCAGCGGGGAGGAGGAGGCCACGAUCCGGCCACAGAUGCAGGAAAUCCUGGACUUUGAGACCGCUUUGGCCAAUGUCACCACUCCCCAGGAGAAGCUCCGGGAUGAGGAAGUGAUUUAUCACAAAAUGCCCGCUGCGGAGCUCAAGGACCUGGCCCCGGCCAUCGACUGGAUGCCCUUGCUCAAGGAAUUUUUCGACCCGGUGGAGAUCAAUGAAUCGGAGCCCGUAGUGGUCUACGCCCAGGAGUAUCUCCAUCGCGUCUCCUUGCUCAUCCUGAACACGGACAAGAGGGUGUUGCGUAACUACAUGAUUUGGCAUCUGGUGAGGAAAGGAGCGAAUUUCUUGGACCAGCGGUUCCAAGACGCAGAGGAGAAGUUAACCGAAGUCAUGUACGGAUCGAAGAAGACCUGCGUACCCCGUUGGAAGCGCUGCAUCGGCGACACAGAUAACAGCCUGGGCUUCGUCUUGGGCGCCAUGUUUGUGAGGGCCACCUUUGCCGAAGAUAGCCGGGCCGUCGCUGAGGAGAUGAUCCUGGAGAUUAAAAGGGCGCUGGAGGAAAGCCUGGCCAGCCUUGGGUGGAUGGACGAGGAGACCAGGCGGUCAGCCAGAGAGAAGGCCGACGCCAUCUAUGACAUGAUUGGCUACCCGAAGUUCAUCCUGGACCCCAAAGAGCUGGACAAAGUCUUCCACGACUACGACCCCGUGCCCGACCUGUACUACGAGAACGUCAUGCAGUUCUACAACUUCUCCGCCCGGGUGGCUGCUGACCAGCUUCGCAAGGCUCCGAACCGCGACCAGUGGAGCAUGACCCCUCCGACUGUGAAUGCUUACUACUCCCCCACCAAGAACGAGGUCAUCUUCCCCGCGGGAAUUCUGCAGUCUCCGUUCUACACGCGGAAUUACCCCAAGGCUAUCAAUUUUGGGGGGCUGGGCGUCGUGGUGGGCCACGAGCUGACGCACGCCUUUGACGAUCAAGGACGUGAAUACGACAAGGACGGCAACCUCCGUCCCUGGUGGAAGAACUCCUCGGUGGAGGCCUUCAAGCAACACACCCAGUGCCUGGUGGAGCAGUAUGGCAACUACUCCGUCAACGGAGAAGCCGUGAAUGGCAAGCACACUCUGGGGGAGAACAUUGCGGACAACGGGGGGCUGAAGGCCGCCUACCGGGCCUAUCGGAACUGGGUGAAGAAGAAUGGGGAGGAGGCGUCUCUGCCCGCCCUUGGCCUCACCAACGACCAGCUUUUCUUCGUCGCCUUUGCCCAGGUCUGGUGUUCUGUCCGUACGCCGGAGAGCUCCCAUGAAGGACUCGUCACGGAUCCCCACAGCCCUUCCCGCUUCCGAGUCAUCGGGACAGUCUCCAAUUCCGGGGCCUUUUCCAAGCACUUCCAGUGCAGGCCCGGUUCGCCUAUGAAUCCCCCACAGAAAUGUGAAGUUUGGUGAGUUUUCUCCCACACAGGAAAAAAAAAAAAAACAGGGCACCCACGCAGAACUGUCCGGCUCUCCACUUUCCUCCGUGUUAAGGACAAGAGGGUGACUGCCCCUUUCAGGGCUCCCUGAAACCCCCCCCUCACUCUUAGCUGCAAACGGACUCCGGAAAACCGCUUUACGUGGCACCCCACUCGCCACAGAAACCUUUCCACCGCAUCUCCCGUGGACCGAGAGCGUUUGUCGGUGCGCCAAUCCUUCCUUUGCAAAGACCUGAGCCAGCUUUUAAAGUCUUUUGCCACUUUUUCCAAAGGGAGAACCGCUCCGCUGCGUUAACCCACACUGGCCUCGCAACACACUACAGGACACAACGCAGCUUUUUGUAAAAUACGGAAAUUAUUUUUACAGCCUUGCAGAACACUGGAAAUUUUGGGGGGGUGGAGGGGUGGAAGGGGGAAACGUAUGGAAUUUUAAAAAAUUUUAUGAUGUUCUUUGUUUUACUGUCACUCGCUCGCUUCCUAAUGAACAGAUUUCGGGAAAGGCAAUUAUUUUUUGUUUUGAUGCGUAUGUAAGUUGCCCCCCCACCCUUUGAAGGGGGAAAUGUGAGGUUUGUGAGAUGCCCUUCUGGCUUCGGGGCCAGGAUCUGCCGGGGUCCGUGCCAGGCAUUCGGGUGUCGGGCGUGAGGCGUGGGGUUCUCCUCAGAAGCUCACACAGCUGAUCUGUCUCUCAGUUCACCUUUCGUCAGCUGUUCCUUUUCGAAUUAAAGAGCGGGGAUGAGGGCAGAGCUAUAGAGUUAAGCAGGGGCCACACUAGGCUGCCCCCCACAAAUCCAAAACAAGGGGCCCUCAGCCCCAGAGUUGUCUGGGCUGAAUUGGAAGAGCGGGGCUCUGAGGUCCUGGGCACAGGAAAACGUUGCUGAAAAGCAGACACCGAGCAAUGUCUCCCCUUCUGGGCUGCUUGGCAGAAGAGGGGAGUGGAGUUACCUCAGGGGUGGGCUUCAAAAAUUUUAGCAAGGGGUUCUGUGCCCAGUUAAUGGGUGAGCGUGGCCAUGGUGAGCAUGGCCUAGUCAGCCUCCUGCACCACAUCUGGGGAGGGGGGGCAUUUUUGCCCUCCCCAGGCUCCGGAGGCUUUUCUCAAGCCUCCGGGAGGGCGAAAACGGCCUCCCCAGGCUCUGGAGGCCAGAAACGGGCCCAAACUUCCAGUAGGCCCAUUUUUCGUCUUCCCCGAGCCUCAGCGUGCGGCCUGCACUUGCCUGCAUCCAAAACAGGCCGCGUGGGGACUGCUGGGGUGGGAGGGGCCAGCCAGGAGUGGGAUUUGGGGGUUGUCUGAACUGCACAGAAUCUUAGCUAGAGGUUCUCCCGAACCCCUUGGGGCGAGGGGUUUCUGAAGCCCUGACAGGAACCCUCUGCCUGCCUUAAUGCCAGCAAAGCUUUCCUGCACCAGCCCUCUUUUUGGCAAAGCUGACACCUUCUGUACAGAAUCCCGCAAUAAGACUUUCCCAGACUGCCUUUUUUGGGGGGGGUGGGGGGGUUGAUCAGCGCCUCCGAAGGGGUUCCACGAGGAGCCCAGAGAUCAUCUCCCAUCAGCUUUCCCCAAGCAGUCGUCCUCCAGAUAGGUUGGGUCUCUGUGCAGCUCCGUCUAACCACGUUGGGGAAAGGUUGGUUCUGGAUGGCCACGAAGGUAGUUUGUUUCCCCCUCCCUCUCCCAGGGUGUGGGGGGUGCUGGAGUGGGAAAUCCGAUGAUUUUAGGGUUCCUCCAGUGCAAAUGUGGGGUUUUCCACCGUGUUCCUCCUGCACGAAGCCAAAUGGUAUCCAGAUGUGCAAUCUGCUUUUGGUAAUCGGAUCCCCGGGAAGGCCGCCAAUGGCUUCCAGAUGUGCCCUUGUGGUUUUAAGGGAUGGAAUUUGUGGUGGUGCCAAACAGCUCUUCUGCCCCAUCGCACCAGGAAAGGAAUGUGUCCCCCCCCCUCCCUUCCCCUCCCCAUAAAUUCUCUGGGGUGCAGUGAAUUGAGUCUUCUGAGAAAAGAAAAAAAGAUUUUUUUGCAAGGAAUCUGCGCUACCCCAACUCUGGAUGGACCUGCCCCACCAAUUUGUUCUUUUUAAAGUCUCCCUGCCUUUUGGAAAAGACUGUUAAUUUUUUUUUUUUAAAUAAACGCCUUUUUACCACGGUUUGAAACGA